CAUGCCUGAAAUGGAACAAGCUCACUUUCUGAAACUGUGUGGAGACUGUUUUCCUCACAACCAGUUUCUCUUGCAGUUUGGUGUGCACCAGCCCUCUCGUCAGAUGGGGAAAAGACAGCUAUGGAGGGAACGAGCACUACCAUAACCUGCUCCUACGACAGAGGGAGAUACAAGUUUAGCAGAAAGUACUGGUGCCAUGGAAGAUCCAGGUCAUCUUGUGAUAUUUUAGGCGAUACAGAGAAUUUUGUUAAGAGUGAAUAUAAAGGAAGAUUGUUGCUCUUGGAUAACAAGAGAGGAGACUUUUUGGUCACGAUGCACCAGCUGGUAGAAGAAGAUUCAGGCAUGUAUUGGUGUGGAAUACAAAAGCCAUAUGCAGAUAUAAUGACUGCAGUGAAACUCACUGUAACUGAAGAGCCUCUCUCCACACCUCUUAUUACUCUCACCAGCCAUCCCAGUGAAUCCUGCCUAGGGAGAUCAGUGACUGUCAGAUGUCAUUCAGCCACUGGCUCUAAUGUUUACUACACAUGGUACAGAAAGAGCUUUCCGACCAAUAUCAUAUCAGUGCACAGCAGCGACCUGGUGCUUCGCUGUGGAGACCUCCUGGAGAGUCAGAGCUAUUACUGCCUAGCUGCAACUCGCAGAGCAAACAAAUCCACCCAGGUGUUGAGAGCAGAGGUGCUGAUCCCAGCAAAAGAGAACUGCACGUACCGGUUACAAUUAACAGAUGGUGAAUCAUACAACUGUAUAAGAACAACCCCAGUGUUUACAGUUGAGACGCCUUCAACACCCUUCACAGGCUAUUCAACACCUUGCUCCAACUCCUCUAGCCAUCCUGGCACAGAAGAUAGUUGGAUCCCAGUUCCAUGGGCCGUUCUGCGCUGGCUGUUCCUGGUUAUUCUAGUAGCAUCUUUAAUCAUCAUUCAGAGCAACAGGACAUAGAAAAGUGGUGAGUUUCUUUUAACUGUAAAGACAAUUGUCAUUCAGUUCAAUAGCACAAUUAACAGUGUAACAAUUCUCUACCAAACGGUCAAGCAAAGAUGCUCGUGUGUAUAAUUCUAUAUAAAAGUGAUGUAUUAAAAUACUAUUAAUGUGCAUUUCACUAAUAUAUGCUCAAAUGUGACUUGAGAGACUAGGCAGGUUUUGAUUUUUUUUAUUUCAUUUGCUGUAAAUAUUUUACCAGAUUUAUAAAGACAAUUUCCAUUUCUACUGAAGCUUUUUAAACCUAUGAUCAAGGAAAAAAGCUUAUUUACUGAACAGAAGCAGUUUCCUGCUUCUGCAUUGCUGGAAGCUAGCAGUUCUCCCUAGAACGCUGCUUCUGGGUAUUGCCAGUAGUGUGCACUCUGAUAUACUUACUCCCAAGCAGUAAAUCUUUGACCCACCAGGUCUUAAUAUAUGGUGUACUUAUUCUCUGAAGGUUUUUUAAGUGUAAAAUUUUAAUUGCUUUAGAUUUCUGUUCAUAUCAAUGGAACUGUUUUCUCAUGUGGUUUUGGCAUGAGGUUUAAAAAACAAAACCAAAUACCAACAGAAGUUGAGUCCUAAGAUUAAUACUGUAGUGAGUUGCAGCUCUUUGCUAGCAAAAACCUGAUACUUUGCUCUUAUGAUACGUCCUGGUCACGACACCUUACCAAUUGUUUCCUCUUCCUUUAUAUACCAUAAGCCUGGAGAUAUUUGAUUAAAAUAUAGAUACUUUGAAUUAAAAAACCUACCAGUAAAAUUGUAUUAACAAAAUCAAAGGUACCCACAGCUUAUAAAUUUGUCCCAAAUCCUUGAUAAAUGAGAACGUCAUGCUUCUUUAAGAAUGAGCUGCCUGCUUGCAGCUUGACCCAAUCGUACCCUUAUUCACUAAUAAAGAUGCCCAUUCAAGAAAUAUUGAAGAGGCCCAAAUUAUUCAUGGAUCAUGAGCAUAAGUCAAAUCUGGAAUCUGCAUGGGAAUCGAGGAAAAUUAUUUUUCCAUAGUAGAAGAUUCAACUCCUAAUGUGCCAGAAUGAUGCAUCUAUAUUUAUCCUGCUGCUCUUCUGUAUACAAGGGCAGGUGGCUAUGCAGCAUCUAGACUACUUAACCACCUGCCGGGUUUCAUACCGGGCUGCUCUGAAUGGGUUUGAGUGCAGGGUUCAAACACAAUCAGAAAGCACAUUACAAUAAAAAUAUCCUUUGGUUUUAAGAUUAAAACAAACUGAAAUAUUUUAUUUUUAAGACUUCAUUUCCAGAAUCUUUGAAGUGCCCCCCCUCCAUUAUCCCACCAAAAGAAGGUCAGAGACUCGCAUGGUCUUUGGUGAAGUCUAAUUUCCAGGCCAUCACCUGCAUUGCGAUAUUGCCUACCCCCUAGCACAGGAGAGUGCGGUCAUCUGGACCUGUUAUCAGUAGAACAUCUUGACACCUCCAGCACACUAGGUCACCCAAAAGACCACACU